AUCCAUCACCCCCUCAUCCACCCGAGUCUCUCUCUCUUUCUCUUUCUCUACAAUUCACACUCGGUAGCAGCGGAUCAGUGGACAUGGAGUGUCUUUGAAUCCUUGGGUUUCUUUAUUCAUUGAUGGGUCUAACUUUUCUACCAGUUUGCAUGGAUUCAUCUGAGUGGCUACAGGGAACGGCUCACGAGGAGAAUGGAAUGGACUCUUCUUCACCUUCCGGAGACAUGCUCACUUGCUCCAGACCAUUGAUAGAGAGGAGGCUGAGGCCACCGCAUGACCAAGCUCUCAAGUGCCCAAGGUGUGACUCAACACACACCAAGUUUUGCUAUUACAACAAUUACAGCCUCUCUCAGCCAAGGUACUUCUGCAAGACUUGUAGAAGGUAUUGGACUAAAGGGGGCACCCUCAGGAACAUUCCUGUGGGUGGUGGGUGCCGAAAGAACAAGAAGGUUGCAUCCAAGAAAUCAAAUGAUCAUUCAAUUAACCAGAACCCGGGACCUUCCUCACAUAAUCCCACUGAUCUUCACCUCUCAUUUCCUGAGGUGCAGUUUUCUCACCUCUCCAACUUACUUGGGAGCCAUGGGGGCCUUGGAAAUCAUAGUUUCAUGGAGAGCAAGUACAAUGGUAUGCUUGAAAAUGCUAGACCAAUUGAUUUUAUGGAAGGUAAGUUUGAAGCUAUAGUCGGAAGUUCCAGGAACCAUGAUUUUAUGGGGAAUUGUGAGUUGGGUAUGGGUGGACUUGGAGAUAUGAGUCAUGGUGGGUUAGCACCAAAUUUUCAUGGCCUUUGCUCUCCAUUUGGGGUCACCCUUGAUGCAAACGGUGGAACUUUCAUGGACACUUGCCAGAGGUUAAUGCUACCAUAUGAGGGAAACGUGGAACAAAAUGCAAUGGACGUGAAGCCAAAUACCAAGCUCCUGUCCCUUGACUGGCAAGAUCAAGGUUGUUCUGAUGCUGGGAAGGACUCAUUUGUGUAUCUCAACAGCCUUGGUUCAUGGAACGGCAUGAUGAGCAAUGGUUACGGGCCAUCAACCACAAACCCACUAGUCUAAACUCAGCUAAUUCAAGCAGCAGUACUACUUCUCGAUCUGCAAUCAACUGUUCUGAAUUAUCGGCGAUAAAACCAAUUAGUCUAGGAUUAUCCCACUACUUCUAAGCAUAUAUGCCUUUGAUGGAAAGGCUCUUUUUUAUCACGUUUCUUUCUGUUAAGGUGGUCUGGAUCAAUUUUAAUUGACUUUAACAAGCAGGAGUGUGAAUGAGGAACUUGAAAGUCCACAAAUGACUGCCUUAUGUUCCUUUGUUGUUAAAUUUGGCGUCGUUGUUAAAGAUAUUCAAAGUUGUAAGAUUUUGUUGCCAUACCGAGAAAGAUAUUAUAGGGCUUUCUUUUUUACGUCAUAAAAGAGUAGUCUUCGUACUACAUAGUCUA